AUGUUCCCUCGUGUUUCAGUUUUUCGCCUGGCCCAGCGAACUGGUGUCCCCGCGACCCGUUCGUCGCCCGUCCGGUCUGGGGUUCUCCAACGUCGAUUCAACAGCACCGAGCAAAAGCUUCCCCCACUCCCUGACAAUGCCUUUAACCGUGAAAGAGCUGCUGUAAAAGCUCAUGCUGCAGCUACCAGUGACUUGUGGCGGAAACUUUCCAUCUACGCUGUCGUGCCCGUCGUCCUUCUCGCCAGUAUCAAUGCCUACAACCUGUGGAAUGAGCAUUGGGAACACUGGGAGCACAUGCCACCUUUGGAAGAGCGGGUAGAAUACCCUUACCAAAACAUUCGAAACAAAAAUUACCCCUGGGGUGAUGGCGAUAAGACCUUGUUGUAA